AUGGCGAAGUCGCCAUCAACGUCAUCGUUGGAUGAGAACGAGAAAGAGAAGGACUUUGGACUCGUGGAUCCGCAGGCCGCAGCAGAGAAUCCGACGGAGUACGAGCCAAUACGUACCGAACCAACGGAGAAGGAUGUGGAAAAAACUGGAGAUGGACACAGUGCAAGAGGCAGACUAGCGCGAUUGCAGUCCAGUACAAGCGCAUACUCGGAAGCCAGCGACAGUGAAUCUAAUGCGACAAGAUCGAUACGAAAGAGGAAGCCAUUCUACAAACGCCUGAAUUUCUUGAAGAAUAAUCCACCGCCAAUCCCAAAGGAGCGCGAUGUGUGCCCCGAAUACACAGCAAGCUUCUUCAGCCGACUCUCAUGGCAAUGGAUGCAACCCUUGAUGAGAGUGGGCUACAAGCGGCCGUUGGAGAAGAACGACAUCUGGAAGGUCAAUCCUGACAGGAGUGCAGAGCUUUUGGCAACAAGGCUGGAAGAGGCUUUCAAGAGGCGGAGAGCAGAAGGCAAGGAGAGACCCCUGCUGGGUGCCAUGUUCGACACAUUCAAGUGGGAGUUCAUCAUCGGAGGCACAUGUCAGCUGUCAGCAUCCGUCAUCCAAGCGGUCGCACCGUUCGUCUUACGUUAUCUCAUCAAAUUUGCUGCUCGCGCUUACCUUGCGCAACGAACUGGAGCCCCGGCGCCAGACAUUGGUGAGGGUAUUGGCCUGGUCAUUGGAAUCACCGCGAUGCAGUUCUUGCAGAGUUUGGCUACUAACCACUUCAUGUACCGCGGUAUGAUGAUUGGUGGAGAGGCCAGAGGUGUAUUGAUUGCUCUCAUCUUCAACAAGGCGAUGAAGCUCUCAGGGAGAGCCAAAGCCGGUGGCGAGGCUGUUCUCGAAGCACCACCACCCGACAUCAAGCCAGGAAGCGAAGCUCAAGUAAAAUGGUACAAGAAGAUGCUGAAGAAGAAAGAGAAGAAACAAUCACCAAAGACUGCAGCAGGUGUGGCAGGUGACGGUGAAGGCUGGGGCAACGGACGAAUCGUCAAUCUGAUGUCCACGGAUACCUAUCGUAUCGACCAAGCCAGUGGUUUCUUCCACAUGAUCUGGACUGCUCCCGUUGGUAUUCUGAUUACAACUGCGCUGCUUCUUGUCAACUUGACAUACAGUGCUCUUCCCGGUCUUGGUCUCAUUCUUAUCGCUAUGCCCCUACUUGGUCGCGCCGUCAAGACGCUGUUCCGUCGCAGAGUUGCCAUCAACAAAAUUACCGACCAGCGUGUGAGCUUGACCCAGGAAAUUCUGCAAGGUGUUCGCUUCGUCAAAUACUUCGGAUGGGAGACUAGUUUCUUGGAGCGCAUCCAGACGAUCAGAAAGAAGGAGAUUCACGGUAUUCAGAUUCUGCUCACGAUUCGAAACGCCGUUCUCUCCGUCGGAAUGUCCAUGCCCGUCUUCGCUUCUAUGAUCUCGUUCAUCACCUACUCCCAGGUCAACAGCAAUCUCGAUCCCGCGCCGAUUUUCUCCUCACUCGCUUUGUUCAACUCCAUGCGUAUCCCGCUCAACUUCUUGCCGCUCGUUAUUGGUCAGGUCAUCGACGCGAAUGCUUCCGUCAAACGUAUCCAAGAAUUCUUGCUAGCUGAAGAGGCUGAAGAGAGCGGAAAGUGGGAUUAUGACGCCAAGGAUGCGGUCACACUGAAGGGCGCAAACUUCACCUGGGAGCGUCACCCCACUCAGGACCCAGAAGACGGUGCCGGCGGGCCACCAGGAAAGAAGCCAGAAACCAGAAAAGAGAAGAGGGAGAGCAAGGCAAACGCUAAGCUCGCAGCGAACGGUGGAGAGAGGCCACUUUCCGAUGCGACGGCUGUGGAAGAGGAGAAGCCCUUCGAGAUCAAGGGACUGGACCUCAACAUUGGACGAAACGAGCUUGUGGCUAUCAUCGGAGGUGUUGGGUCUGGAAAGAGUUCGCUGCUUGCGGCUCUCGCAGGAGACAUGCGCAAGACUAGUGGUGAAGUUGUCUUUGGUGCUUCGCGUGCUUUCUGUCCGCAAUACGCCUGGAUCCAGAACGCUACGGUACGAGAAAACAUCAUCUUCGGCAAAGAGUUCAACAAGAAAUGGUAUGACCAAGUUGUGGAUGCCUGCGCCCUCCGUCCUGACCUGGACAUGUUACCGCACAACGACGCGACCGAGAUUGGAGAGCGCGGUAUCACCGUUUCUGGUGGUCAGAAGCAGCGCAUGAACAUUGCUCGAGCCAUCUACUUCAAUGCGGAUAUCAUCCUCAUGGACGACCCUUUGAGCGCUGUCGACGCCCACGUUGGUCGUCACAUCAUGGACAACGCUAUCUGCGGUCUGCUCAAAGACAAGUGCCGCAUUCUCGCUACUCAUCAGCUCCACGUCCUCAGCCGCUGCGACAGGAUCAUCUGGGUGGACCAAGGAGAAGUCAAAGCCGUCGACACAUUUGACAACCUCAUGGCACAGAACGCCGACUUCGUGCAGGUCAUGAGCUCAACCGCCAAGGAAGAGGAGAAGGAAGAGCAAGACGAAGUCAACGAGGACGAAGUCGAAGCAGAAGUCAAGAGCACAAAGAAGCAACGGAAGCAGAAGAAACAGGCCGCCCUCAUGCAGACGGAAGAACGCGCAACCAAGAGCGUCAGCUGGGAAGUCUGGAUCGAAUACAUCAAAGCCGGAGGCGGAAUCUGGGUCGGUCCCCUCGUCUUCAUCCUCCUCGUCCUCUCCCAAGGCGCCAACAUCGUCACCUCUCUCUGGCUAUCGUACUGGACCUCCGACAAAUUCGGCUACUCCGAGGGCGCAUACAUUGGUGCAUACGCAGCCUUUGGCUUCAGCCAAGCCCUCUUCAUGUUCUUCUUCUCCUUCUCGGUCUCCAUCUUCGGUACCCGAGCUGGUAAAGUCAUGCUGCACCGCGCUAUUACCCGUGUGCUGCGCGCGCCCAUGUCCUUCUUCGAUACUACGCCGCUGGGACGCAUUACGAAUCGUUUUAGCAAGGAUAUCGAUGUCAUGGAUAACACCAUUACGGAUGCGAUGCGCAUGUACUUUUUGACGCUUGCUAUGAUCAUUUCUGUUUUCAUCCUCAUCAUCUCGUAUUACUACUAUUACGCCAUCGCGUUGGGUCCGCUGUUCAUCAUGUUCAUGUUCUCGGCGGCGUUCUACCGGUCUUCUGCACGCGAGGUCAAACGUCACGAAGCUGUUCUUCGUAGCACGGUGUUCUCGCGCUUCGGCGAGGCUGUCAUGGGUACCCCGACUAUUCGCGCCUACGGUCUCCAAAAUCAGUUUUCGAAGUCUGUUCGUGAUGCUGUCGACGAUAUGAACAGUGCCUACUACCUCACCUUUGCCAAUCAACGCUGGCUGAGUGUCCGUCUGGACAUUGUCGGCAUUCUACUCGUCUUCACAACGGGUAUCCUCGUCGUUACCAGCCGUUUCUCCGUCGAUCCUAGCAUUGCUGGUCUGGUCCUUUCGUACAUUCUCACUAUUGUGCAGAUGAUUCAGUUUACGGUUCGUCAACUUGCUGAGGUCGAAAACAACAUGAACUCCACGGAGCGCAUCCACCACUACGGAAGCCAACUCGAAGAAGAAGCGCCUCUGCAUAUGGGCGAGGUACGACCAACCUGGCCUGAGCAUGGCGAGAUCGUCUUCGACAAUGUGGAGAUGCGGUACCGCGAUGGGCUACCUUUGGUGCUCAAGGGAUUGAGCAUGCAUGUCCGCGCUGGUGAGCGCAUUGGUGUCGUUGGUCGCACUGGAGCGGGUAAAUCGUCCAUCAUGUCGGCGUUGUUCCGACUGCAAGAGCUGUCAGGUGGCUCGAUUGUCAUUGAUGGUGUAGACAUUGGCAAGAUUGGUCUUCACGAUCUACGCUCCAAGCUGGCCAUUAUCCCGCAGGACCCCACGCUCUUCAAGGGAACGAUUCGGUCCAACCUGGAUCCUUUCCACGAACAUUCUGACCUGGAGCUCUGGUCUGCCCUGCGACAAGCUGAUCUUGUUUCGAAUGACCAGACUAUGGAAGAUCACUCUGCACGCAUACAUCUCGACAGUGUGGUCGAGGAAGAGGGUCUCAAUUUCUCUCUGGGCCAGAGGCAGUUGAUGGCUUUGGCUCGCGCGCUCGUCCGUGGAUCUCAGAUUAUCGUCUGUGACGAAGCUACCAGCUCGGUCGACUUUGAGACAGAUGCGAAGAUCCAACAAACGAUCGUGGAUGGUUUCAAGGGCAAGACGCUUCUGUGCAUCGCCCAUCGACUAAAGACCAUUAUCAACUACGAUAGGAUUUGCGUCAUGGACGCCGGGCUGAUUGCAGAGCUCGACUCGCCGCUAAAUCUGUACGACCAAGGCGGAAUCUUCAAGGGCAUGUGCGACAGAUCCGGUAUCAAGAGAGAAGAAAUCGCUGGCGCAAACUAG